UGUCUUUUUUUUUUUUUCCUUCCCCCCCACUCCGUUAAAAGCCGAGCUGCCCAACCUCUCAUUCCCAACCCUGCCGGGACUUGGCUGUCGCGAUGUACAACACGGUGUGGGAUAUGGACCGCGAUGACACGGACUGGAGGGAAGUGAUGAUGCCCUAUUCCACUGAGCUGAUAUUUUACAUUGAGAUGGACCCUCCAGCUCUUCCUCCAAAGCCCCCCAAACCAAUGACUCCAGUCAAUACGAAUGGAAUAAAGGACAAUUCCAGCUUCUCUCUGCAGGAAGCAGAAUGGUACUGGGGGGACAUCUCAAGGGAAGAAGUAAAUGACAAAUUACGAGACAUGCCAGACGGAACAUUCCUGGUGCGCGACGCAUCAACCAAGAUGCAGGGAGACUACACCCUGACCUUACGGAAGGGUGGCAACAAUAAGCUGAUAAAGAUCUAUCAUCGGGAUGGAAAGUAUGGCUUCUCCGACCCGCUGACGUUUAAUUCAGUUGUGGAACUCAUUAACCACUACCGCAACGAGUCUCUCGCUCAGUAUAACCCCAAGCUCGAUGUGAAGUUGAUGUAUCCAGUGUCCCGGUACCAGCAGGAUCAGUUGGUGAAAGAAGAUAAUAUAGAUGCAGUAGGUAAAAAACUUCAAGAAUACCAUGCUCAGUAUCAGGAAAAGAGCAAAGAGUACGACAAAUUGUAUGAAGAAUAUACCAGAACAUCACAGGAAAUCCAGAUGAAGAGGACUGCAAUCGAAGCAUUUAAUGAAACUAUUAAGAUAUUUGAGGAGCAGUGCCACUCACAAGAGCGAUACAGCAAAGAGUACAUUGAGCGAUUCCGCAGGGAGGGGAAUGACAAAGAAAUCGAACGGAUAAUGAUGAACUAUGAAAAAUUAAAAUCCCGCCUGGGUGAGAUCCAUGACAGUAAAAUGCGCCUGGAACAAGACUUGAAGAAACAAGCUCUGGACAACAGGGAGACUGAUAAGAAAAUGAACAGCAUCAAGCCUGACCUAAUUCAGCUCCGCAAAAUCAGAGAUCAGUAUCUUGUAUGGCUCAAUCACAAAGGGGUGAGACAGAAGCGAAUAAACGACUGGCUGGGGAUCAAAAAUGAAAAUAUUGAUGACACAUACUUUAUGAAUGAAGAAGAUGAAAACCUGCCACAUCAUGAUGAGAAAACUUGGUUUGUUGGAGAUCUCAACCGUAUCCAAGCAGAAGACUUGCUCUGUGGGAAACCUGAUGGAGCAUUUUUAAUUCGCGAGAGUAGCAAGAAAGGAUGUUACGCUUGUUCUGUGGUAGCUGAUGGAGAGGUGAAACACUGUGUGAUCUACAGCACUCCGAGAGGUUACGGGUUUGCAGAACCGUACAACCUGUACAGCACACUUAAGGAUUUGGUUCUUCAUUACCAGCAGACAUCCCUUGUCCAACACAAUGAUUCCCUAAAUGUCAGGCUUGCCUAUCCUGUCUACGCACAGAUGCCCCCCUCUCUCUGCAGCAGCUUCACUGCGAUUCAGCCGGACUUCCAAAAGAGGGCUUGUCUUGAGGUAGCAUGGAAUUUGGUGAGAGAAGACCAAAGGAAUUACGGGAAAGCUUCAGGUUUUUUGUUUAAAUGGAAAAAUGCUUGUAAAAGGAAAGUUGCUUUAUUUUUUUUGCCAACAGUAACAAAGUUUUGGUUUCAAUGGCACUACAGGUCUUCGCUUAAAGGAAACAUAACCAAAUUGAACAUGCCAAAACUUUGUUCGUUGCUAGAUUGAACACUUACAGGGGAGGUUGCAUUAGCAUCCACACAUACUUUCUGCACCAAAACUUGAAACAAAUAAAAGGAAAAGCUAAACAUUGUGUGGCUUCAACACACUAAAUUUGUCUGAUCUGAUGUAAUUGCUCACUCUCCUCUUUCUUCACUCCCCCCUUCCUCCCAUUCCUCGGCUUGGGAUUCUGUUUUCAGUUUUUAAUGAUACUGUGCUUCAGAAUGUAAACCAGAAGGAAGCUUGCACUCACCUGCUGCAGGUCUCUUGCUGAACAAUGACAGACUCUUGUAAAGCUUGAUCUUGGUACAGAAGAGGUCAGUGUAAUCAAAUGCUUCUGGAUGGCUUAUUGUACCAAAUUUUUUGGUGAGGUGUAGUCACUCCCAGUUGUAGAGAGGUGAGCAUGGUAAUCAUAGAUCUGCUCCAAUUUGUUCUUUGCAAGAGGGGUUCUAAACUCUCACACCACUGCAGCCAAGCAAGACUUUACGCUGGUAUAAUCUAAAUUCCCUUGUAGUUAUUUUGGACAUGAUGCAAAACACAGGAAGGGAAGAAAGCCAUACUCCUUGAUUAUUGGUACCAUCCUUUGGCAAGGGCUGCUGUCAGAUACUGGAGUGGGUAGUCCUGGGCUUCAUCAACUACAGCAAUCAUCAAAUAAAUCCCCUCCCUGGAAAGUGUACAAAGCAGCUUAUUUCCAUUCCUUAAGCUUCUAAAAUGAAAAAGAGCUAAGUUUGGCAAACUGAACCACUUGGCAUCAAAGCACAACUGGCAAAGUAAUUGUUCAGUGUGCAACCUUGAAAGUUACUUUUGUUCCCAUUACUGGAAGCGUUUCCCUUGCAAUGCACCCAUUGUGCAGGACAGGAAGCAGACAGUCAUGCAGGUCUGAGAAUGCUGGAGACCCGUUUCUGACCCUGGGGCUGAUUUCCUGUUCAAAUGACUUUUUUCUGUAAUGCCUGGGCAGUAGUGCCAGGCUUGUUGAUGUAUAAUGUUUACACUAGAAGUAUUAUUUUACUGAAUGUCUUGAAUUUGCAAGUAGGGAAGUGACAAGGCUGGAGCACUGACAGCCAUUGCAGGAAGGGUAGUCUGGUUGCCUGGCAUGCCAGGAGAUGUUUUAUUUUGCACUAAUGACCCUGAUGCAUCCCAGGCACUUUCUAAUCGGCCAGAGUGCAAUCUUCAGGCAAAGAAUUCUGUAGAUGCCACUUUUCUCAUUAAAUGAAACACUUCAAAACUUAACCAAGACUGUGUGAGAGAAAAAUAAAAUCCAGAUAAGUUGCUAUGUCAAAAGUGAAACACAUCUGCUAGUGUGUCCCUUCUCUCCUACUUCCCCAGGAAAAGGAAAAAUGAGACAUAGCCUUUGCUGUUAGUGGAAACCUUGAAUGGAUUCCUCAGUGGUAUGUGGACAUGGAAUUCUUUUCUUUAUAAAGAAACUUGCCCUACAUUUUGGAUAAUUUGCAGUUCUAAUCUGGUAGCUGUAAAGCUGUCAUUCUCACACUUCUUGAGCAUCUAGCAUUCCCUUGAUGCUGGGCUGAGACCAAAUGCCCAAUGAGGGAAAUCAGUUCAAAGGCACAAAUGAUAGCCAGGUGCCUCAUGCCUGUGGAGAAAUCUGUGUGGGAGGAGUGUCUGAUUGUUUUCACUGCCCUUGGGAUCUCUCUGGACUCUCCUCUUACUGACAGCGUUAACAUUCAAGGCUGAUGGGCCCCAUAUUUCUGAUCCCUGAUUUUGUGACAGAGAUAACCUGGCUGAAGUGUUUCACCUCUGCCCUGUUUUCAGGUAGGGUUCAGUUUUGUUUUAAACAAGCGCAGAUCAACUUCCAGGCUCAUAAAUCCUGGCACACCCUCGCAGUACUGACAGCAGCGGGGUAGCAGAGCGGGGCUGUCUGAAGUUUCCCUGUAGUGGAAUCUGACUGAUCCUGUGAGGUCUUGGUCCGGGCUCCAGCCCUGGCUCUGCCAAGGUAAAUACAAUGUAAUUCCAUUAACGUCUGUGAAGGUAGCUUGGCUUUAUCGUGGUGUGAGUGAGUUGAGAUUCUUGGCCCUUUGCUCUCCGAGAUCUUUUCGCUGAUCACAGGUGAUGUGCGAAUGAUGGACUCGGAGCCAAUAAGCCAUCUUGAAGCGUUCUUUGAAGUUCUGUUUUGCCCAGACCUUCAGAUCAGGGCCAUGGACAGACUAAGACCAUGGUCCUUGCGUUUGGCUCCAUUAUCCUGAGCAGUCUCCCUGAGGCUGUUUUGCCAUUGUAUCUCUGUGUUUGGUUUAGGCACCUGAAGUCCUGCAGCUGCUGCAGUCGUUCCCCUUUUUGCAUCCAUUUUGGACUCACAGAGCAAAUGAAAAUGGGUACAAAACCAACUGACACAUGUAGCUGGUGUGAUCCAUGAGGCAAGGGCUUGGUCCUGCACCUCUCAUUGUGCUUGACCUGAUUUUGUUUGCUCAGUGUCAUUAGACCUGUGAGAAAACCCACAGCUUCCAGGAGCUGUUCUACACUUGCAUGGCUGAGAAAUCAGCAAUGGGCCUGAGAGGUGCAGGAUUACACCCCAGGAUGAAAAGCAGCUGUUAAACCUAAAACAAAUACAGGAAAUACGAACAUAAAGGCAAAACAAAGGAACUCAAGUUCUUUUAAAACAGUAAGAUGUGAGAAGGUUUUAAUUUUAAGAGUCAGAACGUCAGGAGGAAAGGGGGGAAAUAGUCUCACUGUUGUAGCAGCCGUCUGGUGCCAGACUGCAGUUAGAGGAGCAUUGAUCUCAUUGACCCAUAUUGUAUUAAAUAUAUAUGUAGAGUUAAAUAAAUAACUUUUGCACAGUGUUAAAUGGGGGGAGGAGGGGGGAGGGGGACGUUGAAACUCGAAUAUGCACAGUUACUUCUAAUCUGUUUUGAAGUAUAUUUGCAGGGAUUAGGGGUGAUUCGGUGUUUUAUAUUGGUAUGGAUGGAAAUCAGGUCUGCUUCCACAGUUGCCAUUGGCCCCAUUGUGUCAGCCACGAGUGCCAUAUUUUUUGAAGUUAGUAAAUUAUAAAUCUUUUCCCACUAGUUUCUUUAUGGAUUACAUGUUAUGUGAGCAUGGGAAGAACGAACCUAGAAACAGAGGGAUGUCCCAACAGAUGCUUCACUAGUAUGUGGAGCAGUAAUAUGUGAUUGUUCACUUUCUGAUUCUGGAGUGCUCUAGUUUUGUGGCUUGUGUUUUGGUUUUUAUUUAAUUCUUUUCAGCAGUGCAUUUGAGUCACUGCUUUGCACCGUUGGUAGUUGCAAUCUAGAGUUAUAUCCAGUACAACCCUCUGUCUUAUGCCAAAAAUAAAAUGCUCUUUCCACACUCAUCUCUCCUGAUGUGGCAGAUGGUCAAGAAGUUUUCCAUUUAAUGUGAUGGGCCUGAUUCUCUUCUCGCUGAUACCAGUGUUAGCAAGACUUCCACAACCAAAAGCCAUUUCCAGGGAAAGAUCUUAUCUUUAAUCACACCUGAAUUCUAGUCACAGCAGGGCGAAAGUCAGUUUUUCCUUCACAAAGCCAGGCAACUGUAAUGGGACUGUGGAAAUGAAUGUUGACACUUAGUGCUGUUUUAGUGAGGACAGGAGAAGGAGGAGGGUCUUGGUUGCCCCAAAUCCUGGGCUCUCUGCGGGCUUGGGUGGCACCAUGUCUGUAACUGAAUGCUGUGGCUGUUUAAAACAGCAGAAUUGCUAUAGGAGUGUCACACUUUAAGUUUGGAAAAGCCCCUUAUUUGGUACUUGAACAAUCUCGCUUCUGUUUUUGAAUGUCUGUUUAUUUUUUAUUUUUGUUACACUAACAGGGAAUAAAAAUCUGAAAUGUUAGUGAGUCUUGUAUGCUUGCUGCAUUGUGCAGACAUGAAACAGGUACUGCUUGUGGAUCAGUAGGGGUAAGAGACAGGUUCAAAAUGCAGUUUUACAAAGCGCUGUGAUGGGUUGGGGGUUGUUUUGUUCAGGUCACGUUUAAAAUCAAAUUUUCUUGUGUUUAUUUUCCUUAUGUUGAUUUGCAACCUCUGCUUUUGAAAGAGCAAAAUCAAAAUAACAUUCCCGAAGAUGCUGUGAGGGGAGGGGGGUCAGGCUCGCUCAAGUUCAGCAUUCAAAGCAAAUAGCUUUAAUGAAGAGGAAGGCUCAGCACCCUAAAGCAUCCCUCUGGUUGUAGUUUGUUGAAGCAGGAGACAGACCAUGAAGCAGGACCUCCGCCUGGAACCACAAAAAUAAGAGGAGAUGCCAGAGCAGACCCUUCCCUUUGGAAUAAUCAGCUAUACUCUCCUUAAAUGUGCAUGCCAGGAGAGAGUUAGGGAAUUAACAUAAGUCCUUAAGGAGUUGCUCCCCUUUCUGUGUUGGAAGGGAACUUGCAUUGCUGAUCCCUUUGCUUCCCUUGGCACAGUGUGUGCAGCAAGGAGAAGGGAACCAAGUCACCAGCCCAAAUAAGCGCCGGCCUGUUCGCGGAGCGGCUCGGCCGGUUAAGUACUGCGUGAGGAGCAGCUUUGGAUGGGGUUACAUGAAGUUUGUCCAACAUUUUUGUGAAUCUUGCAUUCUGUGGGCAGAAAUACUUUCCACCGAAUGGGAAGGGAAAAAAAAAAAAAGAAAAAAAAAAUCUCUCUUGAAAUCUUUUCAGUUCCUUCCUGUUUGUUCAAAGGGGCAGAUCGGGAGCUUUAGCUUGUUAACUGUUUAGAUGAUGGCAGUGCUUGAAGUGCUGGUCUUUGGGGCUGGCUCCAUACAAUUAAUGCAGAAUUUGCAUAUUUUAAAUUGCUUAUUGGCAUAGACUCACCAUAUUUCAUGAGUAGACUCACCAUUUGUCCUAAAGUUUGCCUUUAAAAAAUGUAAUACAAGCAUCAGAGGCAAUUAAAAAAAAAAAAGAGAUGGGCCCUUAUUGAUACAAAAAAAUGCUUCGUUGAUCAACCUGUAUUAGAGAAAGCAGCUUUAAUUUGAUGCCCCCCUCCACCACCUUCCCCUGGGAUCACUUCUGUGAGAUCAACAUUGGCAAAUGGGGGGGGAAGGGAAAUUCCCUCUGUAUUCAGCAACGCCGCACCCACGCACUUUCCAAGUGCUUGUAGCAAGAGGCUCGGGAUCAUUUGGAGAAAGUUAUUACAUCCAAAGACAGAAGGGGUCUCUAAGGGUGAAUAUCACCCCCCAGCACCAGUCUCGUCGCUUCAUGGGGGUUGUAGGAUGCUGGGACCAGCCACGAGCUGCCCCCGGGUCUCUGUUGGCUGCCGGGGUGGGGCUCACGUUCAGUUGGCUGGGUUGGGGUUUUGGUCUGUUUUGUUUUUGUGAGUGACUUCUACAUCCAGCAAAGAUAUGUUUGAUGAAACCUGUUAAUUUUGUAUAUCUGGCUGUUUAUUGCACCAUGGGAUUGUAAUGGUCUGCAUCAUCUGUGUGUGCGUGUGUGUGCGCGUGCGUGUGUGUAUAUGUACUGUAUGUAUAUAGAUAUAUGUAAAAUAUAUUCACGUACACAUGUAUAUGCAUUAGCUGUAAGUGGCACUGCCCCUUAAAAAUAAAACAAAAUUCACUGUUAGCACAUUCUGCCGCGUGUUCAGGCAGAAUUGGGUUGGUUUUUGUCAAAUGAAAAGGAGUUUAUUGUGUUCAUCUUGCAUAUGUGCUUCUGAAAUGCUGAACUCUGGAUUUCCUUGGGGGUUACUACUCUAUUUGUAAACCGAAUUGACUUGGGGUGUUACUUACCCUGGGACAAAGCAUUCGACUUUGUCCCAAGAAAAGGUUUAGCAAAAGAAACCCCUCUUGCUCUCCUGCAAGAUGCAGUGAUCGUUUGCACGUUCCAGUCGCCCCUCAGUGCCCCCUGUCCAGAGCUGAUGUGCAAUGGGUGGUGUUGGUGCGUGUCCCUUUGUGAGUGGACUCUUUGUACAAGGUGUGGUUCAAUGUAAAGCAUGAGUGGGUGUUUGAUCUUGUGUCGAGGGCUGAAAUAACAGCACACUCCUUUGUACAACCUUUGCAUCAAUGUUUCUGCUUUUCUUUGACUUCUAUUUUCUUUAAGGGAAACUGCAUCUGUUAAGAACCUGCUUCUCCAGAAGCUAUGGAAUUAUUUUGUUUUCCAGAUGAAUUCCAGCAUGUAACUUUGGUACUCUUGUUUGUUAUUUGUGUAAAAUCUGUUCUUCUGUCGUUUAUGGUGUAGUCGGGGAGGGGGGUGGGGGGAAGAAAAGAAAAAAAAAAAGGAAUUCAUGUAGUUUAACUUUUAAAGAAAAGAAACAAACUGCUUCAUAAGGAAACCAAGUGUAUGUUAGUGUUUUCUGACAAGUCAUCCUGUAGUUUCUAGCUCAGUAAUGCAACACUGUACUUGUCACCAGGUGUGUUACAAUUUUGCUGUACUUUCUUUUACUAGAUGGUUGGGCUUUUAAAUCCCAGACACUAAGCAUCCUGGGCCUACUUGCUCUAGAUCAAAAAAAAAAAAAAAUGCAAUAAAAAAAAUUGCAAUAAAGCACAUUGACAUGUAAUGUUUUAGAAGGAUGUACUGACAGCUGUUUCUAAUAAAUUCAGAACUGCAGCGUG